ACAAUCUCGAAGCUUCUUUUUAGUUUAUCAUAAAAAUAACUCAUGUGACAAACAGAAAGUUGUCACGUGAGUAAAUACAAAACAUGGCUGAUCAACAGAAGUUGUCGGAGAAUCUCAUAAGUACAAAUGAAAAUAACAAGACCGAUCCUGUGAGGCCUACAUUUGAAAAUGGACAGUUAUCUUACUUGGGAUUUGAUGUUGAGGCGAUACCCAGGAAUCUUAUACAGGACUACUGCAACAUAGCGUCUCGAUUGGAUCUUAGUUACAACAGAUUGCAGUCCUUAUCAGGUUUAGAGCACUUCAAAUUUCUGAAGGAGCUUGUUCUUGACAACAAUGAGAUCAGGGAUGAUAUUGUCUUCCCUUUCCUCAAAGAGCUUCACACCCUCACACUCAACAAGAAUAAGUUACGAGAUCUGGAUGCACUGUUGGAGCAACUUGUUUCCCGAUUCCCCAACUUGACAUACUUGAGCCUACUUGGCAACCAGGCCUGCCCCAACCAGCUGUCUUCUUUGGAAAAAGAUGAAGAAGAUUAUCAGAGAUAUCGAUACUAUGUACUGUUCAAAUUACCCCGGCUCAAGUUCCUGGACUCUUCGCAAGUGACGGGUGCUGAGAUUGCCGAGGCACGGCGAGUGGGCCCGUUCAUGCAGGUGGUCAGACCCAAGGAUGAAAAUUUAGAGGGGCAAGAGGAGGAGGUUGCUUCGCCCAGCUCUCACAAGUAUACUCCACUGCCAGCUGAUGGCCAGGAAACAGAGGAUAUGGCUCCUCAAGGAACUUUUGGAAAGAGUAAAUACAUAUACUAUGGCCGGCAUUCAGAAGGGAACAGAUUUAUUCGAAACAAAGAUUUAUAGCCUGAGAUGUUCGCGUUCCUUCCAACAGCACAUACCCCCGUCCUCCAUUGAUGUUGUGCACUGUGGCCCCAAAGCACCUCGAAAGAUCCCACCAUGUUUGAUUUUUUUCCUUCUUUGUACGCCCAAGUCUUGCCCAGAGUUUGAACUCCAGGCCCUGUGGGAACCUUUUUUCUUGAAUGCAAACUAACCCAUGGUUCACUUUUACUUGUCCGUGUGCCUCAAGUUCUAUGAUUAUGAUGAGAGAAAGGAAUAUGUCCAUGAAGUUAUUACUUUAUGCUUUUUUCAGGGGUCUUUGGGUUGAGUGUUCUGUGGAUGAGGGUUGCUUUGCUGAUUGUCUUUUUUUUUUUUACUUGUUGACUAUUAGUUCACAGCCUUUAAAUUCCAUAUUCCGUUAUUAGAAGAGCCUUUGGUUUUUUGGGGUUUAUUUGUGACAGUAAGACUUAGAUACAGACAGCUGAAUACAAUUCUGAAAUGAAUUGUUUGAUCUGAACAGAAGUUUUAGGUAACACUUAAUGGUUUCAUUCAAUGUUAUUCCAUUGUGUUGCAGUUUCAUGCUCGUUUUCAUUCUCGCUGAAUAUAUACUGUUACUUUAUUAGUAUAUUAUUAUUGUUAUUAUAAUUAAGGGCAUCACAAAAAAUAAUGAGAUCUCUUCAUAUAUUCUUAACCUUAGUAAAGCUUCUUCAACUUGAUGAAAGGCCAGAGAUGUCUUUGCCUGGGGUGAAGAGAAUAGUAUUCUCACACUAACAAACAAUUAAAUCACUUUGGUUCACACGUAAAUGUUUAGAGUGACAGACUGAUAUAGAUUAAUGUGUGGAUUUAAGGGAACCGCCACAAGGGCAAGUUCAAUGCAGAUAUUGAUGAUUUCAUAAAAGGAAGUUUCUUGGCUUUGUGCUUCACUUGUCUGUUACUUUGCCUUGAUAUUAUGAAAGAAUUGCUUCUCUUGUGUGCUUGUAACACAAUUACUUCUUGCUCCCUUGUUGAUUUUUAGCUAUGAGUCUAUGAGGAGUAGGUUUUGUAUUUACUCUUACUUAUAUGAACACCCGUCCAAUGCUGCUACAAGUUUUGUUUCAGAGUAAAUCUGGUUUCACAGUGUCAUUUAGUGUCCUAAAAACUAGUCUAGGCAAUGUUUCACAGGGUAAUGACCAUAAUAGUGAGGUACGGUUGUUUGAUUCGUUUCUGUAUAGUCAACAACAGUAUGUGAAACUGAAAUCCAGAUCAGCUUAAAAACCAACAGCUGCUUUUGUUGUUUUUCUUUGUUAUGGUAGAAGAUAUCUGGUUUUAAUUCACCUAUACAACUAAAUAAUUCAGGGUAAUUUUUCUUUAGUAAUGAAAGAUGUUUAUUGUAGAUAUUUGAUUGACAUCAUCUUAAAGUACUGAGCUAAAAUAUUCUUGCUUCUAAGAAGAAUGAUAAAACCACUUGGUGUACACUGAGAUAAAAAUUCAGUUUUUAUAUUAAAAAAACCCAACAAAAGCGUAUUCUUUGUUUGAAUGAAAAUCAGUGAUUUUCUUAAAUACUUCAUUUAUACUAUCACAAAGUCCUGAGUGGUGUAAUUUCUGUACAGUUUUUACUCAUUAAUGCUAUUCUAGUUUACUUAAUGUGAUUUGUUUGUUUUCACAUCAUCUGCUCUAAUCACAGCUGCUGGUAUUCUAUAUAUUUGCAAAAAAGACAUAUAAAUACUUUCCUGUUGUGUAAUUACUUUUACUGAUUUGAGCAUGGAUAUUUAGCAAUGUAUUUCUCUGUUAUGAAGUGGACAAUUAUGAAAUAAGAUCUGCCAAGUGUUAUCCGUUUUUCUAGCAUAUGAUGAUGAUGAUGAUACAUUCAUAUGUUGCCCAUAAUUGAAAUGAACAAUGGUAUUAUGAGAAAACCCCCGGUGAUUUAGACGAUGUUUUCUAUUUUCUUAAUAUAAUUGUUAUCAACGCUCUCCAUCACAUAGUGAGAUAAUAAGAUGAGUAAAUUUGAAUGUGUUCAAAUUCACAUUAUUCCUCUUGUAUAAUUAAGGACAAUAUGCAGAGGACUCCCAGUGGGGAGGGAGAUGAAAAUUUGGUAGGUUUAAGUAGUUAUCAAGGGCAUUAUUCAAGGAAAAUAGCAUGGCGUAUUUUGUUUACACAGGCUGAUAAUUACUUGUGUUGCUUCCUCUGAUCGUUUAAAUUUAACUUGUACAAUUUGAGAAUUGCUUUAGAGUCUGUCUACACCUGGGGACUGGAUUUCCUACCUCUUGUGUGUAGUGUUGCGUAAAUCGGCUGAUUAAGUGGUAAAACAUUCUUGGGUAGAAAGGCAGGGGUUUGUGGCACUCAAUGGUUGUGUGUGUUUGUGUUUUCAUUAACGUGUGGGUGAGUCACGCUAGUGGCUGGCCAAAGCAGUGAGCACUCACCUCAUGUGUGUCAGGUUGAUUGGAAUACUUGUUGGGGAAGGAAAUUGGCUUUGGCUAACAUUUUCACCUUUACCCAGUUGCUUGUGUCAGACCCAGACAGAUAUGUCACUCCUGAUUCUGUGGUGUAAUGGUUAGGCACUUCGCUGUGGCACACAGGAGAACCCAUUUCAAUUCCUGAGUUGCUAGAAAUUUUUAUUGUGUAUCUUGGUCUGUCUGCCGGUAUGUUGUAUCCCUUUCAAUCCAGGUUAGCCCUGACAGGCAGGGUCAGAAGCUAGCCUCCUAAAUGAUAUAAAUUGUGCUGAUAGGGGAAUAAAAACUUAACAAUAAAAAAAAAAGCCACUGCAUUUUUGAUGAUUGGUUGCUUACCUCCAUUUGGAGGGAGGUAGUGCAAACUAGAAUAAAGUGGAGUGUGGUGGGCUGAUAAGAUUUUGAUGGAAGAGUCAAUAAAGGUUUUGGGUUUAUUUUCUUCAAAAUGCAGUUGAUGCUGAUUUGCCUCCCUUGACUUCUGAUUUCAGGCUACUGGGGUAAGAGCAGAUCCAAGUAUCUGGGCCGUAACUCAGAAGGGAAUCGGUUCAUUACUGAUGGAAUUUUAUGAGUGCAUGUUUUGUUCAGUCCUUACUGCUCCCUCUGGUUGUUACUUUUUUGUUGUUGUUUAUUUUAAAACUAAAGAUCAUAAUCUUUGUUACUUAUCAUCACUUUUCUAUUGCUGAUAUUUUAUGUCUUGUCUUUUGUAGCCUGUGUUGAAGUAUGACUGAAUGGAAGCUUUCAUUCUUGUAUUUGUAGUCAAGACAGAUGGACAUAUGAACAUCCGGUGGACCCUGAAAUGUCAUGUGUAGGCUUGCUGUAGAUUCUAUUUUUUUGUAGGGAAAGAGGAUGCAUACUCAAAAUUAUUAUUUGAGCAAACCUGCAAAUAUAAGGAUAUCAAUGGCUGCAGAAUUCUGCCUCAGCACUGAUUUUUGUCAUUAACAAUUUGAUUUCAUACUUGAACAUGAAAUUGUUCUUGUAAGUGAAAAAAAAAGUCUACUGUAAUAUGUCAAUUAUUAUUUCCUGCGUACUUAUAAACAUUCAGAUUUAUGAUACAUGAGCAACAUCAUGAACAGUUGACAGGGUCUGUCGACAGUUUGUUUGAUUCCUCUCUACGCUUGUUGUUUUUGUCGAAAAAUGGGAGAGUCUUUUGAGGUCUACGAAUUUGCGUGUGCCUGGAGAAAGGAACUACAAGACACAUUUGCUUUACUGAGUUUCAUGGUAAUAAAGGUCUAGUAUAGAUAUUUUACAAAUAUUAAGUUCUAUUAAGAAAGCAUUCUUUAGCCAUGUAUCUAUCAAUAUUUACACGGCUUUGCGUUGAUUGUACAUCAAAAAUCUACUUUUGAAGAAGUUUUUUUUUAUACAAGUCAUUUUACCUAAUAAGAAAAAUUGCAUGAAAACAUUUGCUGUCAGAGCCUACAUUGCGGAAAGUUUCUACAAACUCGUAAAAAAAACAUCACACUGCUUACCGAAAUUUAGGUCAGUUUGUGACCUAUCUGGAGCUGUGAAUUGUGCAUCAGUGUGUCAGAACAGUAAAAGGUAGGUUUUGUGCAUUUGUACCCCAUUACACUUCAUGAGCAAAGCAAAGCCAUGAAGCCACUGAAGGUGAUUGUGACUCAUUCAUAUAAAAAAAACCCGGCCCUUCACAUGGCAUAUCGAAAUUUGUCUCAAAGCUGUGUUUCCGCAUCCUGCCUAACAAUAUUGGACAGGUCCCACAAAAUAUUGACCCUAUCUUUAAAAUUUUCUAAGCGAGUUAUUCAGAAAUCAUAUUUGGACCAGAAACUGAAAAUGCGUCAUACAGUACCUUUCUCAGGCACACACACGAAUUACUGGAUUCCAAGUAGUCUUCUGCCACAAAAUGUUGUUUAAGAUAGGUUACUCAAAAUUGUAGAAUUUUUACUCUUUCUUGUUUCUUCUUUUAUAUAUAUCUGACUAUGGAUGAUAGUUCCAGCAAAGAAUUCAAUUGUAACAAGCAUGAUGUACUUGUUGAUGUUAUUUCUGUUCAAACUUUCAUAUCUGUCUCUUUUCCUAUUUUCUGCACUUGUUAUGUUAUUUAUUUUUUGUUCACAAUUGUGGUAUCUGUCUCUUUUCCUAUUUUCAUUUUCAGCUCCAUUUUGUCAUUGAGAAAUUUAUGCCUUGUGAUGCGGUCAAAGAAUUUUUGGCCCUUUGAAUUUGUUUCCAGUCAAGUAAUUUCUUUUGUAAAUUUUGUAGUUUCUUUUCAAAAAUUUUUUUUAUUGCUCUUUCACAAUUGAUAUGCCAUAUAAACUUUACCCCUUUUUUUCAUACCUUGCUGCAGUUAGUAUGUAUUCUUUUAAAUCUAUUAUCACCUGAUAGACUUUUUUGCCCUGAGUUAUCAGAAAGUUAUAGAACUGGGUUAUCUUUUGUAUUGCAUGCUGUUGUGUCUUGAGGUACGAGAGGCAAACAAAAAUGCAUGAAAACUUUUGUAUUGUCUUGGAUCCUGUGAUGGAUAAAAAAAAUAAAAUUGCUAUGACUUUCAGCAUCUACACAAGUAUUUUUAGGUUCUAUCUCCUAUAAAUUGUACCUAGUAAAGUGUUUCCAGUUGCUUGGCACUUUUCAACUUUUGAAAAUUCAAAGCACACUAGAGGCAGUACAAAUACUGUAUUAUUAGUAUUACCUGCUAUGUAGCUAUUCAUCUGAUUGGAGAUUUACAAAAAUGAACUUAUUCACAUUUUUAUAUCAUUUCUCUUCAUCAUUGCUUAUUUUUUAACACUUUGCCGCCACAAGACUCAUAUAGUAAAAACUCUUGCCAUCAAAGACAAAGGUAUUUUUGGGGAAAAUCCAAAGAAAAUGGGUGGCAGACAUCGCUGAUGGAGGAGAUGAGGCGGCAAAGUGUUAAGGCAAUAUGUCUAGGGGAAAAAGUGUGUGGAACGUUGUUUGUUGACAGCUUCUGACAGAAUGAUGUUGCUACAUUAUGCACUGUCUGCAGAUAUAAGAGUAUUGCUACUUUGAUUCCUCAAGCGGUAUUUAUCUUCUUGAGACAGUUAAGUGAAAGAAUUAAACAUGAUUUACUUUGUUAUAAAGAACUACAUGCAUUUUGUUUUUCGUAGACUCUAUUCAAUACCCCAUGAUACUGAUUUGUUUCCCUUUCAACUUUCCAGCUAGAAAUUCAGUUUUUUUCUUGUGAAUGUCCAUCUUUUUAUCCAUGUAAAGUUACCAUAGCUGUGAAAAUAGUAUGUUUUUCAGUGUGUGAAAAGUGGUCAGAAAUUCUGAGUCCUACCGUAUAUAAGGAAUGUGUUACAUGCAUGCUGCUCAUUGUUCUGGGGUGUGUCCACCAACAACUGAUGAAAAGGCACACAUUGAACACUUUCCGUGUGGGUUGUUGGCUUGUGCUUCGGUGUGGUUUUGCUUCUUCUUUCCUUUCGAACAUCUAUCGUCCUUAUCUUUCCUCCUUUUUUGUGUUUGUUACUCUCUUGUAUCACCUCUAAUCUUCGGCACUUAUACGACCUUAAUGUGUUGCAAGUGCCUCAAAACGCUUGCUAAAACAAAACACUUUCUGAUCAGUUUUUGCAUUUGCUUCUGUUAAGGCCACGGAUCUGAUGGCUUGUAUCAGAGUGGGGUGAUGUAAAUCUCGUCGUGCUCCCCAGUGAACUUAUUAAUGUGCAAUGGUUUUGUAAGCUCAUCUGGGCCAGGUCAUGGCUCAAAGACUUGCUGUAGUUAUUCAAAUGUGUCACGACGUGGUAGAAUCAGGCGCUCGUCAAUUUUUGGGCAUGUGGAGUUAUUGGUAUUGUCUUAAAGCUUGUUCAUUUGGCUUGCUUUCGUUGAACUAAUUUCCCAUUUGUCUUGAGUAACGGUCGAGAUAUUUGCAAUUGAAUGAGAUGGGGUCACCUGGUUUCAGAGGUAAUAUUAGUGAGGAAAUGGCCGCCAAAGUUUGGUUAUUUGCAAAGCCUCAGAGUCUGUGGAAAGUGACAAUUUACAUUUUGUGCCUUUAAUAAACGUUUUUCAAUAUAAUUCACAUUGAAAUAGGUUCUUAAAUAGAUAUAAGCCAAGAAACACAAUUGCAAUAAAAAUUGCCAAACCAGUGGAAAAAAGCCAGUUUCUUUACUUUCAUUAUUUUCACGAACGCCUGAUUUCACCACACUGUCUCACAAAUGUUUGUGUUCUUGUUUGACGCACUGGCCCAGGUGUUCUAUGUCUUUGUUGUCUUUGUCUAUAAUGGUGGACAUAAAGUUCUUUGGGGUGACAAGCUUCUAGUCAUCAUUUGCCUUGGUUCAAACUUUUGAGAGGUGUUGAUGAUUUUCUAGUGUAUGAAAUGAUCCUCAGUGUACUUUUUGUCAUGUAACUGUUGUCUUUGUCUGUUUUCUGGUGUUUACAUUGGUGGUCUGAACCAAAACAUGUCUACGUCGUGGAAAACUUAAUUUUUGGUGAAUGGGGGAAGUACAGCUUGAUUAUGUCUAUUUUCUCUUAUUGUUUGAUAGUAUUCUUUUGCUUCAAGUCUUAAAGAGGAUGUGCUCAUACUGUAGAACAUUUCAAAAUUAGGCGUAAGGAUGUUGAAUCCAGACUGAGCCUCUUUGCACUACACAUCGAUUGUGUGAAAGGACAUAUAGCUAAUACUGUAUUGUUUUGUGAUUGUCACCUUGUAUGACUUUGCCCAUAAGGGCUCAAAUAUUUAUACGGCAAACAUAUUUUCUUUCUGUGUUGUAUGUUUUAUCUACUUUUUCACUCAUUGCAUUUUUGGUGCAAAUCAGACGGUUGUGUUAGUUUCCAUGACCACUGCUCUUAUCUCGUCCACUGUUUCAGCUGAGCAAUGGUGAUAUAAUUUUCAAAAUAUAAUUUGCCAUUGACUCUGCUUUUUCAUUUCCUUGAAUUAUUAUUGUAAUAUAUUACAAAUACUUCUGAUUCUUUCACACUUUUUAUAUUUGAAUGCUGAAUUAGUUCUUCUGCAUUUUGUUUUGGGAAUGGUUGUGAAUGCUUUUGUUAUACAUGUCUCAGGACCAUAUCUAGAUGCUGCAUCUGUUUCACCAGCAGGAGAUAUUUUCUCAGCUGCAGUAACUUCCUUAAAGUAUUUUUGAAUAGAGAUCUCUUGCUUUUGUAUCUUUUUUCCAAGAAGUGCCCUUGAUAGUCAAAGCUGUGGAAAUAAGCGUGUGCGAGUGAGAUUGUUGGGCACAUUGCCUCAAAAGAUUCGCUGACUGAUAUGGUGAUUAAAGUACAUUCAGCCUGGGACCAGAUGUACAUUGUAUUCACUUACGAAAAUUAGGAAUACUGGAUCUACUCUAAUAACUUUUCUUUUACUUGAUCUGUUUCAAAUUGCAGUUUAAGAAGUAAAAUCGUUUCAUCCUUAAUCAAACUGUAUUUCUUUUGUGGUAAGACAGCUUGCUUAGAAUGGAGGUUCUCAUGUACAUUUACUUGUUCCGUUGUCCGUCAUGCUUUCCUUGGAUUUUGUUUUUGGAGAGUUCUUCUUGCCCAUGCUGAAUGUUCUUGUCUUCUGACUUCUCCUUAUUUGAGUUUUGUGAUGGCUGUAAAAUGUUUGUUUUGUUAAAAUGUCAAUUAAUAUUAAUAGAGCAAUAAUUAUUUCCCACCUCAGGGGAUGUAGAGGCUGAAGGUAACUUUUUUUUGUCAGAGUUUGAUUUUGCUAAUCUCACAGAAAACAUACUUUAUGGAUGUGUGCCAGUACCUGAAAACAGUAUUCCUUCUCGCUGAUUGCAGUAAUGGGAUUUUUGUUUUGUUUCUAGAUUAUAUGACUUUGAAGAGUGCUUUUCUUUCAGACAGAAUGAAAAAGAGAAAAGAGCUAGUGAGCGAUGAGGAUUGUUUCUGCAGUGUUGUCCUUCCACUUUGCUGUGUAAUUUUGAAAUCAUAGAUAAUGCAGAGUCUAGGGAUGUUCCGGCCUUUUUGUUAGUUUGAUGGUGCUUAAUUGAAAGUCUUAUCACUCUGUACAUGUGUGUGUGUGGACUGUGCUAGAUUUUUUGUGACUUGUGAACCCUAGAUUUUUUCUAGCGGAGAUCUCUUUAGAUAGAGUGUGCUGAAUGCGCCCUGCCUCAUUGAUUAUUUGCAGUUAUGCAUUUCUGUUGGAUAUAACACACAUGAUGUACAGUUCAUCUGUGUAACUUAUUUACCUACAAUAACUAAAGUAAAUUAAAACAGUGUGAAGUGUUUUUUAUUCAGAGAUUUUAGCUUGUUUUAGUAUAGUUUUUAAGUGCACAUGUUUUUGGACAAUGGUCAGUCUUGGUUCCAUACUGUCCACAUUUGAUGUUAAAAUCAUGAUUUCUGUAGCUGAGUGUUCAGAAAGGCCUGUGAAACACAAACGGUAUUACCACAGAUUCGAAGUAUUCGGAGAUUUAGAUGAACCUGCUGCUUACUUUUGAAGGUUUUUUUUGUUUGUAUGUUGAUGUAUUGUUUUUACAAAUCUAAAAUGAGAGAGAAAAAAAACGUCUUGUUGAUUAAAAACUUUUUAUUGGCCUACUGAAUUUUUCUCACUUCAUUUAUGACUUAUUUACAGACAAAAUGUGAAAUAAUUCUGUCCAAAAGUAAGAUCUGAGUUAUUGUGGCAGAGAUAGACCAAGAGUAGCUUGAACAGAUAGGAGAUCGGAGAAAUCCUAGACUAGACAGUGGAAGUUUUUGAGAGAAUCUGAGCAGGGAAAAAAGUCAAAUGGCGAACUUGAUCGUCAAUGUCUUUUUUUUUCAGAUGGGGCACUUAAAAAAGAAGAAAAAUACAUUAGUGUUUUCAGUGUGCAAUACUAAUGGACUUGGAUAUAUGUAGAAGAAACCUCACGAGAAUAAUAAUUUCUGGGCUCAACAAUUUUUCGUUUGGAAGCCUGCAUUGCUAACACUAAAAGAAAAAUUAAUUUCAUUCAUAUAAUAUAAUACAGUAGUAUUUGUAACCAAGGUUUGUUGAUUUGAAUUUCAGUGUCACUCCGCCAUAGGCCCAACUGGUAACAUUGUCAUCAUAAAUAAUAUGUACAUUCUUAUUGCUUCUGCUUCACAUUUUUCCUGAACAUAUCGGGGAGAUUUAUUGAGGCAAUAAUAUCUGUAGAUCUAUUAUUUUUUCGUUUUUGUUUGUCAAUGUUUACAAAAAAAAUAAAACAAUAAUCCUUUUACUUUUAGCUGGUGACUAAUACAGCGUCUUCCCUUGAGAAACAAAAUGAAUGAAGGUGUGGCAAAAGCUGGGACUAAAUAAAUUCACUUUUGCUUUCAUUCA